CCGACUGACAGCAAGCGCGCGCUGAGCAGUCUCAAGCAGAAAACUCAGUCAUAGAUGAUGACGUCAUUUCCUGUGUAUGGUGUUCAGGAUUUGGUCGAGUUGAUGGCUGAGGAAUGGCUGGGUUAUUUGGUGUCCCUUGACUGCGGGGUCACUUUAGGUGUGUACCAGGGUGAAGUGUCCGCGGUGGACCAGGACAGACAGACCAUCUCUCUCCGACAGCCGCUUCAUAACGGUGUCCGUUGCCUUGUGUCAGAGGUCACCUUCAGUGUGAUAGACAUAAGAGAGCUGAAGAUUCUUGAGAUUGGAAACGGUCGAGGAAUCGGCUCUGACCCGUCAUCUUCCUCAUCAUCAUCACACAGCAGAAACGGCGGUCACGCAGUCACAGGCUGUCCUCCUGUCAUGCUACUGCGCAGAGGCUGUCAUGAGAGUCAGGUCAUGUGGAGAAGAGCAGAGAUGGAGAACAUCACAGGAGGACAUCGUGAGUCUUUUAUGACAGACACUGAUGUGGAUCUUCGGGGAAAUCUGCCGGCGUUUAAUAAACGACUGACGCUGACAUCGAAUGAUCCUGUGACCGCAGCGCAGCGUGAAGAAAAGAAAUAUUACACCGAUUCAGGUUUGAUCGUCUCCAGCGUGUCUUACGAUGUCUACAAGCGUUUGCUGGCCGCAGCGGAGCGUCUUGGUCUGUCUGUGGAGCGGAGGCUGGAGAUGACGGGGGUCUGUGCGGGUCAGAUGGCUCUCAUGCUGCUCGGGGGUCCUUACAGAUUGACCCCAAAAAACGUGCACCGGCGGCCUCAGGUUGUGCUUCUGUGUGGGCCGCACAUUCAGGGCGCUCAGGGCGUGAGCUGCGGACGACACUUAGCCAAUCACGAGGUGGAUGUGAUCGUCUUCCUGCCCAACUGUGUGAAGAUGCAGGAGACCGUCACCACUGAACUGAUGCUCUUCAAUCAAACCAGCGGCAGACAUGUGCAGAACAUCAGAGAUUUGCCCGUGACACCGGUGGAUCUGGUCAUUAACUGUCUGGACAGUCACGAGAGCAUCUUUCUCGGAGAACAGCCCUGGUACCAAGCGGCCGCCGACUGGGCAAAUCAGAAUCGAGCUCCGGUGUUGAGUGUAGACCCGCCCAUCAGCGGGCAUCAUCACGCCGUGGAGGCCAGAUGGUGUCUGUGUCUGGGACUGCCGCUGCCUCUGUCGCAGGGUGAGGGCAGAGUUUACCUGUGUGACAUCGGUUUACCACAGCAGGUGUUUCACGACGUGGGGAUCGACUACGUGUCGCCGUUUGGGUCCAGAUUUGUCAUUCCACUUUAUUGAGUGUGACAGAUAGAGACGAAUGUGGAUUGUGUCACUGUAGGUGCUGGUGUGAAUGCCAGAAACAAUCAAACACUUUCAUAUUUAUGACAAAUAAUAACAGAUCAUCCUUCCUGCUGUUUUGUUUCUUCAUAUUUAUUUGUACAUUUACUGUAAGGUAAAAGGGGGCUAAAAAAGUGUCAAACCCAUCAUUGUUGGAUGUAUUUCUCAUUUAUUUUGGCUGUUUUCUACCACCAGGUGAUGCACUUCAUCAUUCUACUUUAAGCCACCAUCUAUUAAAGUGUAUUGGGAGUAUAAAUUGAAAUGAAAUUUAAGCUUUU